AUGACGCUGCAGCAGUCUGCAGCCGACAUCCCAUACAACGACAGCGCCAACAAUUUCGACGACGACGAUGACGGACUCGCGAGGGCGUUGGCGCUGGUCGAGGCUGGAACGGGUUCCGCUGCUCUUGCUUUGACAACUCCGACGACAACUCCGACGACGUCAUCGCACUUGAUGGUCCAUAUGAUGGAGCACGAGCGCGUUUCGCCCAUUCUGUCGCCGCUGUCCGCAAGCUCGGUCUCGUCCGCAUCGGACUGGCUCGAGAUGCAGGACUGGACGGGCCACGACGACGAGCUCGAGCGACUCGCGCUGAUGAAUGGUCCGAUUCUGACGACCGCCAAUCCCUCGUCCUCGUCCUCUUCCGCUUCUUCGGCGUCCUUCCAAGCACACCAGCAGCUGUUCAGCUCGCUGUUUCUGGAGGCAGAGGCUGACAUGUUGACGCACAAGUCAGUGCCGCUCUCCCUGUCCAUGGCGCUCGAGACGUUGGAAGACACCGAAUUUGCCGCCACGAGCGUCGCGAGCUCGCGUGCCAAGCACAUCUUGGAAGACGUGGACGAGUUUGCGACUCCUGCCAGCAAGCGGACACGCACCAAGAGCUGUAAUGGCAAUAUUGCAGCAGCAGCAGCAGCAACCGCGACUUCGCCUGUGCCGAUUGCGCCUGCACCAACCUCCUCAAGCUCUCGUCGCCAUCCCGCAUCCUCAGCAACAUCAACGGGAGGCGCCAACUUCCCUGUGCUGGACAAGGAGGCCAAACGAAAGCUGAGCAACCGCAACGCUGCUCGCAAGAGCCGCGAAAAGAAGCUCCAGCAGUCCGCCGACCUGAACGAGCAGCUCGAGAAGGCCCUUGCCGCUCGUGACUCGUACUCGAAACGGGUCGAGCAGCUCGAGCAGAGCAACCACGCGUUGCAACAAGAGCGCGAUGCGCUGAUGGCCGCACUGCGGUCACGCGCGCUGCUCGCUGGCUCAGCCGACCAACCACUCCCUACUGCUGCAGCUGCACAGCCAAGUGUGCAGGCUGCUGCUCUUGCCGAAGCCGCGGCGCCCCUUGACGAGCUCUCGUUCGCCGACAUUUUCUCGACGACCUGGGACUCUGCCGCCACCCAACAGUGCCAUGGAGACGAUCAACAAUCUUCUUCUCAGCUCGAUAACUCGUUGACAUCACAGCAACAGCAGCAGCAUCAGCAAUGCCAGUCGCAAUCUCAGCAACAACCUCAAUCCCUACUCGAUCGUGCAGUCCGCCAGAGCAGCAACACUUGCAGCUCGCGAGCAGCCCGCGACGAGGAGACCUUCAAUGAGUCUGCAGCACUCGUUCGUCAACCCAUGCAACGGGGGUCUCUUCAAUCGCUGGUGCUUGUGAUGCUCACGUCCAUGCUUGCCAUGCUCGAUCAAACGCCGCUGCCGCGCCAGCACGAUCCCGCGCUUCUUCAGAAGGAGGAGAAUCCUCCCAAGCAGCACGAUCGCCAGCAGCAGCAACAGCUUGCUCCGCAGUACCAAUGCGACAAGCUCCAGUACGACCAGACUUGGCAACCGACCCUGACAGUGGUUUGCUAG